AUGCCUUCGAAGAAGGAUGCCCACCACCUACACAGGGUUGGCGGUUGGAUGCCAGCAGACCAUGCAGCCCAUCGUGAAUGGCUUGGCGGGGUGAUCAAACAAGUAGACCAUGAUGACAAGGCUCUGCAUCCAGUUCUUCAAGAAUUCAAGCAAUUGAUCGAAAGCAACACAAGGGUCUACAUGCUCUUGACGGGCAUGUUCAGAGAGGUCCCCCACAAGAGGCCGUACAGCAAAGAUCCCACUGGUACUGUGCAGAUCCGUGAUUAUGAUCACUUCCUGCGAGUCCUCAAUCAUCUUCUCACGUCAGCCCCAUCAUGGACCGACAAAGCCCACCGAGUCGGGCUGGUCGGUCUACCCAUCAAUGCUGUUCUCGACUGGGCAAUGGGUACUCCAAGUGGUUAUGCAGCUUUCCUGGAUCCCGAGAUUAAUGCCAUGCUAAAGAAAGUGCUUAAUGUAUGGGGAGAAUUCUUGAAAUCUCCCGCUUCAGCUGAGGUUUUGAACACCACCUCCCAUGGUUGGUUCGGUGAGACAGGUCAUCGCGACCUGACACUCGCAGCAAGAGUCGGUCCAACUAUGGCUGAAGACUUGAAAUUUCAAGACAUGUUCCAGUGUGACCCGUCUGCACCGCAUUUUGGCUUCCAAUCCUGGGAUGAUUUCUUCACCAGACAGUUCUCUGAGGGGAUGCGCCCGGUCGCUGAACCUGAUAACGGUCGUGUGAUUGCCAACGCGUGUGAAUCCAAGCCAUACCGACUCGCCCACAAUGUUCGUGCUCGCGAUCAUUUCUGGAUCAAGAGCCAGCCGUAUUCUGUGCUCGAUAUGCUUGAUCAUGACGAGCUUGCCUCGCAAUUCGUUGGUGGUACGAUCUACCAGGCAUUCCUGAGCGCCUUGAGCUAUCACCGCUGGCAUGCGCCCGUCAGCGGAAAAGUUGUGAAGGCCUACGUUGUGGAUGGCACUUACUAUUCUGAGCCAUUGUUUGAGGGUGUUGGUAACCCGCAAGCUCAUACAGCGGAUAUUGACUUGGAAGGUCAGACCAUCUCGCAGUCGUACAUCACGGCAACUGCCACGCGUGCCCUCAUCUUCAUUGAGGCAGACGAGCCUGCAAUCGGGUUGAUAGCGUUUAUCGGCGUGGGAAUGGCAGAAGUGUCUACCUGUGACAUCACAGUCAAAGAAGGUGAUCAUCUGAAGAAGGGUGAUGAAAUCGGCAUGUUCCACUUUGGCGGAUCUACUCACUGCUUGCUUUUCCGGAAAGGAGUCAAUGUGUCUGGGUUCCCUGAGCCAGGCAGGGAGGAUAAUGUGCCUGUUCGAAGCUACUUGGCUACGGUGUGA